GCGCGUUGCAUUCUCAGUCUGGCGGAAUGAAGCCUUGAAGGACGAUCAAAAGGGGCUGAUCAACACCCAUGCACAAUAUUGCAGGGGUACUGCACAGGGGCAAUCUACAAUCGUAGGCGCCUAGGUAGACGGCUAGCUGAAGAGCCGACUUGCAAGCAUCCAUUCGAUGUUGCAUGCGGCACUGCAGCUUUGGGCUGUGCCCGUUUUUGUCUCAGGAAGUUGAUCCAUGCAUGCGGGAAGGGAGUUACAUGUAGCGUUAGGGCGCUAGAGUAGGUUGCUCUUAUUGAAGGUGCAAGCUUUUGAGCUCUGGUUUCCACAGCACGUUGUGAUCUCCACUUAAGCUGUGCGAUACGAUUGCCUGUCGCCAGGCGCCAUAAUCCAGCUCGCAGCAUUGCCCUUUCUGGAGAUUUGAGAGGCACUGUAACCAGAGGCAAUCCGCGCACCCCAACCGGGCUGGCGGGCGGCGUUUCUACAAAUGGGGGGGCACGAUCAGACUGCGAAGGACGGCCCCCCAAAGGCCGCCAAUGGGGCGCCGCCCAAGGAGUCUCACUGGCAGCUGGACGUGCCUCUGCACCACCGGUUGCCAAACUACGUGCAGUCGGUUAACCUCAAACACGUUUACCAGGGCUACUCGCUCCUGAUUAACCACGCGCUAACUCUGCUGAUCCUGCCGUGGUUAGUGAUCACCGUCCUCGCGGAACUGAGCCGCAUGUCCCUGGCGGACCUGCAUGCGCUCUGGGAGCAGCUGCGGUUUAACCUCGUUGAGGUUGUCUUAACCUCGGCGGUGCUGGUUUUCGCGGGGACGAUCUACAUGAUGUCACGAGCCCGGGCGGUGUACCUGGUGGACUUUGCGUGCUACAAACCCGACGACAAGUUAAAGCUAACCCGGUCCUUCUUCGUGGAGACCACGCAGCGGCUCGGCCUCUGCGACGAGAAGGGGGCGACGUUCCAGGAGAAGCUGGUUUACAAAACGGGGUUAGGAGACGAGACCUACGUCCCCGAAAACCUGUGGUUGGAACAGCCGAAGACGGGCAUGGCCGAGGCGCGGAAAGAGGGGGAAGACGUGAUGUACGGGUGCCUCGACGAGCUGUUCCGCAAGACCGGGGUUAACCCAAAGGACGUCGGGGUUCUGAUAACCACGUGCUCGCUGUUCAACCCGACGCCGUCGCUCUCGGCGAUGAUCGUGAACCACUACAAGAUGCGGGGGAAUGUGAAGACGUACAGUUUGGGGGGCAUGGGCUGCAGUGCGGGCGUGAUCGGCGUGGAUCUCGCGAAGGACCUGCUUCAGGUGCACGCUAACACCAUCGCGGUGGUGGUCAGCAUGGAGAACAUCACACAGAACUGGUACUUUGGCAACGUCAGGUCCAUGAUGAUUCCCAACUGCCUGUUCCGCAUGGGCGGGGCUGCGGUCCUCCUCUCGAACCGCGGCCGCGACGGGUGGCGCGCCAAGUACUCGCUGCAGCACACGGUGCGCACCAACAAGGCGGGCGACGACCGCUGCUACGGCUGCGUGUUUCAGCGGGAGGACGAGCAGGGGACGCCGGGGGUGUCGCUCUCCAAGGAAGUCAUGGCCAUUGCAGGUGACGCCCUCAAGGCCAACAUCACGACUCUGGGGCCCCUAGUUCUCCCCCUCUCGGAGCAGAUCCUGUUCUUCCUGGUUCUGGUUGGCCGCAAAGUUCUCCGCCUCGACAUGAAGCCGUACAUCCCGAACUUCAAGCUGGCGUUCGAGCACUUUUGCAUCCACACGGGGGGGCGAGGCGUGCUGGACGAAAUGGAGAAGAACUUGCAGCUCACCGAGGAGCAGGUCGAGCCAAGCCGCAUGGCGCUUUACAGAUUUGGCAACACGUCAUCUUCCUCGAUCUGGUACGAGCUCGCGUACUCGGAGUACCAGGGCCGGGUCAAGCGCGGCGACCGCGUGUGGCAGAUCGCGUUCGGCAGCGGCUUUAAGUGCAACAGCGCGGUCUGGCGCGCGCUGCGCAAGAUCGAGCCCCAGCCGGAUAGCAUCUGGGCGGGGACGGUAAAGCCCGAAACCUUCCCGGGUUAGGAGCCGGGGCGGGGAGGGUUAAGCCCGAACCUUUCUCGGUUUAGGAGCCGGGGCGGGGAGGGUUAAGUAGAAGCGUUCACCGGUCAAGGAACGGGAUCGGUGUGUGUGCGGUGUCAAAAGAAACCCUUUCCGGAUCAGGUGUAAGUGGAAGUCUGUCGUGGGUUAAGGCAAAACCGUUUCUCGGUUAGAAUUUGGGCGCGGAUUCUCUCGGACGAAGACUCCUGUAGUCAUGAGAGGAGUUAGUUUGUGGAUGGGAAGGGUUGCGGAAGGUCGACCUCCGAAUCAAAUGUUUGUAGGAUGGCGUGGACGGUGGGAAUGGUUAACCCGAAACCCUCUUCGGGUGAGAGGCGGGUUAGCCUGGAGCUGGGAAGAUUGGGCCACAUCCCUCGCAGAAGAUUGACUUUUACGGGCAGGGUUGAAUCUGGAUCACAUACGGAUAUAGUCAAGCCCGAGAGAAUCAGUCCUCGAAGUGAUUGCCUUACCGAAUUGCAGCUAACCGUUUGCUCCCUCUACUGUUUUGCAAUCUGAGGACGGGUUGAGCAAAGAAACCGAAGUAGACUGUUUGGUUUUGUUGCAUUCUUUAGCAUCGAAGCAAGAUUUUCAGAUAGGUACACACCCCAGGCAAAGGCCUUGGGUAGUAAGUCCGUUCGUAGUGUCCGUGUGAGCUGCAAGAGAGUCAGUCCGUUCAGGACGCGUUUGAAGUCGAGUUUGACACUCAACUCUGAUUUAAGGACUAUGCUCGCAUUCUUUAGUAUAGGUGUCCGUAUCACGCUGCCUUCCUUACGUAACAAUCUGCCACCUUCACGUAGCUAGUAGUUGUAGUCAAGCGUAAUUAGACAGCGGCUCAGUUGGAUAACAACCCAUCUGAACACUUUGGACUUAGGCGGCCUAAUCUGAGUUCCAUGUUCAAACUGCAGUUUCCCU